AUGGCAAGGAAGAGAAAAGCUGCUAGUGAAGGAGUGGAAGACAAGAGUUCAAGUGAGGGAAACAUGGCUUGGGAUGACAUGGUGAAGGAAGCUGCUGCAGCCGCUGCACUAGGCGGAGCACGAAGAGCUCGAAAGCGCUUUGUUGGGGUGCGGCAAAGGCCAUCAGGCAGAUGGGUGGCUGAGAUCAAGGACACAAUACAAAAGAUAAGAGUUUGGUUAGGCACAUUUGACACAGCUGAGGAAGCAGCCAGGGCCUAUGACGAGGCUGCUUGCCUGCUCCGCGGAGCCAACACUCGCACAAACUUCUGGCCUUGUUCGUCGUCAUCUUCUUCGUCCCCGGCUCUUCCUUCAAAGAUCACAAACCUUCUUCUUCAGAGGCUCAAAGCAAGAAACAACAGCCUCAACACUAGUUCUGCUGUUUCACCUCCUUCUUCUUUUCCCGUCGAACAUCAGCAAUAUCAACAUGAUGCAGAGGAGGAACCAAUGGACUUCUCAGACACCCAAUUCACAGAUUUCCUCAAUGAUCCAGAAGAUUACACCAUAAGCAACAAUGACAUGAUUGGCAAUAACAACAUUAGUGCAGCCACCAUAGACGACAUGACAUCAAGCUUUGAGUCAUGUUUGACUCAGAGGGAAGGCUGCAGAGGGAGAGAAGCCGAUUUGGAGUACAAUUUUAGCGAUGGGUCAGGGCCGAGUUCGAGUGUGGAGUACGGAAAUUCUCACGGAGAAGAAGAUGAUGGAGAGGAACAAGGAACUGACCUGAGGGACUUGGACUUCCAGUUUGUGGAUGAUGUUAAAUCAUCUUGUUACUAUUCUCCUUUCGAGAUUGCUGAAGAGAUAGAGGAGCCGAUAAUGGAGCCCGAGGCCUAUUCGGACGAGCCUUCUAUGCUUAGAGCUGCCAUGAAGAGGAUGAAAUAUGAGAGGAAAUUCUCGGCCUCGCUCUAUGCCUUCAACGGAAUACCUGAGUGCUUGAAGCUGAAGAUUGGAGCAGCGAAUGUGAAUGGAAGAUCAGGAAGGUCUGACCAACUAAUUAGGAACCUGCAAAAUGCUUGUAACAACAACAACAACAACAACAACACAGAGAACAACAAAGACGAGAUGGCAAAGAAAGAAGAUGUGAAAGUGAGAGAGGAAGACGACCGCAAAACAUCUAAUGAUGCGGGGUCUUCUUCCUCUACUUUUGGCACUGAUGGUGAACUGUCCCUUUGGAGCUCACUUGAUCUUCCACCCAUCUGCUUUGUUAACUGA